AGUGACUUGACAUUCUUAUUAUGUCGAUAAAUAGGAAUUACGACUGUUUACUGGGGAUUAAUUUAGUACGCAAUUAUGGGUUGUAUUCCGUAUUUGACAGUCUGACUUGUUUCUGUAGUGUAUUAUCAUAUAAAAUAGAUACUAUUGUGGAAGCAACAAUGAAUUGCACGAGGUGUAGCAAACGCGUCAAGGUCCAAACAAGGCAUGUUCAGUUGUCUGAAUACUUCAUGCCUGGAAAUAUUUUCCGCCUUGAUUGUAACAUCUGCGCUACUUUUAUAGCAGUUAAAGACAACAAUAACGAUAUUGUUGCUGUCGAUGAAAUUAUCAAUGAUAAUAUCGAUAAUAGCUGGAGAGAGGCAGAUACUCGACGAGAAAGAAUAAUAUAUUAUAUUUUGUGCCAAAUAAUAUAUCCGGAAUUGGAUACGCCAAGGAUCGACAAAUUUGAGUCUCUUUACGACUUGGCUGAUCCAUGUGAUAAAAUCAUAUUGAAAUGGCUGGGGGGCAAGGCAAUCGGUUUCUAUACGAUUAAACCUAAAGGAACGGAGAUACGCGUGACGAAAGAAAAAUACGAAAUGCAUACUUUGGAUACUGCAUACAUUAGAUCUCAGUAUAGAAACCGUGGAUUUGGCCUGGAACUUUUGUCGGAUCUUGUUAGACGAUUUCCGAAUGAGGAUAUUGGCUUUUCGAGACCUAUAUCCAACGGUAUGUGCAAAGUAUUGACACGAUUUUUAUCCGAGCGCAAGGAGUGCCGCUUACACUUUUGGGAAGUUGAAGGGGUUGGAGAUGAAGGUCGUCGAAAAUUGAUAUGGUUCCUCCUGAAAAAACGUAUCUCAGGAUAACGUUCAUAUAAAUGGAUGUAUGAUUUAUUAGAAAUAAAGAUAUAUAUAUAUAUUUAUAUAUAUGUAUAGUAGCGAUA